GUUGCGCUCCUCUUCAUCUCCGUCGGAUCUCGAUCCUGCUUGAACGAGACACUUGACCUUCCUCGACGAUCGCUUUCUGCAAGAGUGACGUAAAGAACAAAAAAAAAAAAGAAAAGAAGAAGACGAAGAAGAAAAAGUGGGCCGGCGGAGGGCGAAGUGCAGCAGUUUGGAGCGAACAUCCUAAGUGGCGCCCAGCGUCUUUUUCGCGGUGCGUGCUGUCGCUCUCAGUGGGAUGUUACGUGCGUGACAACUCUUUUUUUUUUUUUUUCUUUUGGGACUGGCGCGUGUGCGUGCACGCAAGUGUGACAUGCAGAGACUUUUUUUUCUCUCCCCCCCCUUCACCCCCCCACCUCCCUUCUUCUAACACGUCAGAGAAUUGAUGACUCCCCCGCCGUGCGUGGAGCGCAGGACCACUCUUGUCUGUGACUUAACUCAACUUUGCGCUCGGAAUAUCGGGACAGCCUUUUUAUUUCUGCGUCGUCACGUUUUUUUUUUUUUUUUUGGUUGAAAAUUUACUUUGUAGUCUCGAAAGACAAACGUGAUGGAGCGCUCAUUCAUCAGAGUCACGUGCAUCUUGGUGAUUUUCUGCCUGCUUGACAAAAGGGUAGACUCCAAUGAAAUCUUGGGCCUUAAGCUGCCCAACAUCGACCCGAUCCUGAACGCCAACACGGUGUGCCUGACGCUACCUGGCUUGACCCGGCGCCAGCUGGAGGUGUGCAUGCGCAACCCGGACGUGACGGCCUCGGCCAUCCAGGGAAUCCAGAUCGCCAUCCACGAGUGCCAGCAUCAGUUCCGAGGGCACCGCUGGAACUGUUCCAGCCUGGAGACCAGGAACAAAAUACCGUAUGACAGCAUCGUCUUCAAAAGAGGUUUCCGAGAGAGCGCCUUCGCCUACGCCAUCGCGGCGGCGGGCGUGGUGCACGCGGUGGCCAACGCCUGCUCCCUGGGCAAACUGAAGGCCUGCAGCUGCGACGAGAAGCGGCGCGGCGACGAGGAGGCCUUUCGUAUCAAACUGCACCGCUUGCAACUGGAGGCCAUCAAUCGAGGAAAGGGGAUGGUACACGGCGUGAUGGAGCACUUCCCCGCAGAGCUGCCGGGACCGCAGGACUCCUGGGAGUGGGGCGGCUGUAGUCCCGAUGUGGAGUUUGGGGAGAAAUUCUCGCGGGACUUCCUGGACGCCCGCGAGACCUACCGGGACAUCCACGCGCGGAUGAGGCUUCAUAACAACCGCGUCGGCAGACAGGUGGUGCUGGAUCACAUGAGAAGGAAAUGCAAGUGUCACGGGACAUCAGGAAGCUGCCAGCUGAAGACCUGCUGGCAGGUCACUCCCGAGUUCCGGGUGGUGGGCUCCAUCCUAAAGGAGCGCUUCCAUAUCGCCACUCUCAUCAAGGCCGACAACCGCAACACCGGCCAGCUGGAUCACUCGCACCACCACAACAACAACAACAACCACCACCACCACCACCACCACCACCGCCAUCACCACCACCGCCACCAUCACGCGCAACGCAGGAGGCCCGGCGUCAACGACCUGGUCUACUUUGAAAAAUCGCCCGAUUUCUGCGAGCGGGACCUGGGCUCGGACUCGGCGGGGACGCAAGGUCGCAUCUGCAACAAGACCAGCCCGGGCAUGGACAACUGCGAAAGUCUGUGCUGCGGCCGAGGCCACAACAUCCUGCAGCAGACGCGCAACGAGCGCUGCAACUGCAAGUUUCACUGGUGCUGCUACGUGGUGUGCGAAGAGUGCCGGAUAACAGAGUGGGUCAGCGUGUGCAAAUGAAGACGCGACGGGGGCGGGGGCCAAACAACGAAAAAGAGAUUUAAA